AUAACUGUUAAUUCUUGUGGAUGUAAGGUAAAUAAUAAUAGGUGCGUAAAUCAGCAGUGGAAACUAAAGAUAACAGCAGCGACUUGCAGCGAGAAGCCUGCGCCUAUGCAACUAAUGAGACAUUUUGUGUAAAUCAAAUGCAGAAUCAUGCAAAUAAGCAACUCAAAGGAAAAAUUUACGCAUAAUCGAGAUAAGCUCCCACUUAGCUUUUGGUAUAAAAGACGUUCGCAGCCAAUGCGGGAAAAAUCAAAUACGAAAAGUGUGACUAACGAAUAUACAAAUUUUCUAAGCGGUAGCAAAGUAUCACCAUCAUGAAAUUGCUACUCAUUUUUCUCAUAGUUAGUGGUGUUGUUGCAGCAAAGGCGCAACUAAACCUUGGCUUGGGUCUUGGGAUUGGGAUUGGGCGUCUGGGCCCUCCGCCACCUGAGUUCUUCCAAAAUGUAGUAUUGAAUUCAGAAGCCCAAAAGCUGCUUGCAACACCUGAUUUACCAGCCGAUUUACAGCAACGUGUGCUGGACACCAUGAGCAGUUCUGAGUUGGGAUUCACUAGUUGCAGUACUGUGACCACACUUCCGUGGUUUCAAAUGCGCUGUGUUGCCUUACAACUGUCAAAAUCCAAGGCCGAGUUGAAAGCUAUUGACGACGAAGCAAAGGCGCGCGCUCAGGCUGUAGCAAACACCGAAGAAUCAGCACAAACGGCAGCAAGUGCCUAAAAAAAUUAUUUUUAUUGAAAGAGUGUUAAAAAUGUGUUGCAUAUUAAUCAAAAAAUGUACAUAGCAUUAAAUAUAUAUACUGUGAGUGGGAAAAUAA